UAUUUUACAAAACAAUCACAUAUUUCUUGACAAAAAAUAUAAUUUUAUUUAUUUUUUCCAAAUUUAAAUUUAAUCUUGAAUUGCAAUUUGCAAUGGAGAUGUCUUAAUAACUUUUAUUCAGUUGCUUAGGAUAUAAAUAUUUAAAUAAAAAAAACUAUUAUCUGUAAUUUAUGUUUUGUUUUAUAUAAAAGAUUAAAGAAAUGUAUACGUUGGUCUCAAAGUGUCUCCCUUAAUACGCUCUCUCUAUCAUCAUCACCCUCAGAUCUCACACCACACCAAACCUCACUCCUAUAUCUCUCCCGCCCGCCAUGGCCACUCCCUCGCUCUCUGGGAGCAUGGGCGCCUUCUCUGGCUUCACUCGGCUAUGCAAGGGUCUUGCCGUGGUACUCAUCAGUGGCCACAUUGUGAUCCAGGUUUUGCCUCAAGCUAUUCAAUAUCUUGCUCUGAUUCCCGCAAGGACGAUUCCUUUUGCCUGGAACCUUAUAACAGCUGGUUACAUUGAACAAUCGAUACACGGGGUGGUUCUGAGCACCAUUGGUCUUCUUUUCAUUGGGAAGCUGCUUGAGCCUGUAUGGGGUUCUCGGGAAUUCCUCAAGUUCAUCUUUGUUGUUAACUUUCUGACUUCUCUCUGCGUUUUCAUUAUUGCAAUUGCAUUGUACUACAUUACAACAAAGGAAAAUUACCUAUAUAAUCCUCUUUCUGGAUUCCACGGGAUCCUUUCGGGAUUCUUAGUUGGCAUCAAGCAGAUCAUACCAGACCAAGAGAUUCCUUUACUAAAAUUGAAAGCUAAGUGGUUGCCAUCUCUCUCGGUUUUGCUAUCAAUUGUCAUAUGCUUCUUGGCAUCAGAGUCUUCAACAGCUCUUCCAACUCUGAUAUUUGGCACAUACAUGAGCUGGAUUUACCUCAGAUACUGGCAGAAGAAACCAGAAACAAAACUCAAGGGUGAUCCAAGUGAUGAUUUUGCAUUCUCAACUUUCUUCCCUGACUUUUUAAGACCCGUGAUCGAUCCCAUUGCUACUAUAUUCCAUCGGAUGCUCUGUGGAAGAUCUGAAGCUGCUGAUAAUGCCCAGGGUUAUACUGUGGGAGGAAAUCCAUUGCCUGGUUCUGAUCCUAUUGAAGCAUCAAGGAGAAGGGAAAGAGGAGCUCGUGCACUAGAAGAAAGAUUGGCAACUGAAAGACUGGCCGGUGCACGAGGUUCUGAAGAAUCAGGCGAUGCUGUAGAAAAUGUUUGAUUGCACCUAAACCGAAGUCUGGUACUUACUCAACCAACACCAAUGUGUAAUUUUAGUGACUAUUAGAAGUUCAAAAGGUGUCUAGGAAGAGCAUAUAUAUGUUUUUUUUUUCUCAAUUCUGGAGGAUGGAUUUAUUUUGCAGUUUUUCUUCCCUUUGAAAUAGAUCAAUCCUUAUUAUACAAAAUCUUUUUUUUUUUUUCCUUUUUAGCACGAGUAUUCAUCAAUAUAAGAGUAGUUUCUAAAAGAGCUUUUGCGAGGAAUUACUCUAUUGUAUCGUCCGGGCCUCUGGCCUUGCUCACUUUUAUGAAACGUAUAUUUUGACAAUUGACAUUCUCCAAGGAUAAAUCAGAGUACAUGCAUUUUAAGAAUA